CUCGAACCAGUUUUUUAGACACUCCAUCGGAAAGCUUCUAAAGCAUGUAUCUUGUAGAAUAAUAUGGACAACACAAUCAUGUUAUCUCGAUCAACUAAGCUGCCCUGUUUGGCGGCCCUCGGGUCCAUACCUACGUAAUGAGACGAAGUUUCCAGUGCAUCGAUCCCAUCGACUCUCUAAAAAGCGCCGCUAUCAGCCAGUGGGCAACGACAUUGCUCGAGAUUUGGCGACUGUCAGAACUACUGAUGACAUUCGUCCAAAUUGCGGGAUUUAGAAUAAGGGCGCCUCGAAACCUACACCCUCGAAAGGAGCCGAAGGGGAAACGCCUGCCUAUCCCGUAACCGCAGCAAUGGCUACUCCUCAAAGUACAUCAGCCCUCGGCGCAGAUAACUUAUUCAACGUCCAAGGCAUAGUCGCAGUCGUAACUGGUGGGGGAACGGGGAUCGGACUCAUGAUCACGAAGGCGUUGGCUGCCAACGGCGCGUCCAAGGUAUACAUCCUCGGGCGGCGUCUGAAUACCCUAGAGACAGCGGCAGCGCAGGUCGGCUCGAGCACCGUGGUCCCGGUGGUCUGCGACGUGACGUCCAAGGAGUCGCUCGAGGCGGCAGCUGGGCGAAUUCGAGAAGAGACGGGGUUCGUCAACCUGCUCGUGUGCAAUUCGGGGGUCGGCGGGCCGUACGGGAUCCGCCCGAAGCCAGAGACGACUCUCGACGAGUUCGUCAAGGCCAACCUCUCCGUGCCCAUCGAGGACUACACGGCCACAUUUGCCGUCAACGCCAGCGCUGUCUGGUACACGACCAUGUCAUUCCUAACGCUCCUCGGCGCGGGCAACAAGCGCGGCAACGUGGAGCAGUGGAGCCAGGUCGUCGCCGUGAGCAGCAUCGGCGGCUUCAACAAGAUCAACACUGGCGGUUUCGCAUACGGGCAAAGCAAGGCUGCAUGCACGCAUCUUAUCAAGCAGCUGAGCGUCGUGCUGCCGCAGUGGAAUAUUAGAGCGAAUGCCAUCUGUCCUGGUCUCUACCCGAGUGAAAUGUCGGCCCCGAUUAUAGCCAAGGGAGGAAUAGGAAAAGACAUGAUUCCGCUCGAGCGCCCUGGAUACGACCAGGACAUGGGUGGCGUUAUCUUGUACCUAGCUUCCAAAGCGGGUGCUUACUGCAAUGGCACUGUCGUCGUAACAGAUGGCGGAAGGUUGACCACGUUCCCAUCCACAUUUUGACGGAUCACGCACACGCAGCCGUCGACCUGAUAGGAAAGAAGGUCUGCCAGACGCUGCUCAUCAAUUAGAUACCAAGACUAGACCAUACCAUACUAAGUAGAUCCUCAUCCCUGGUCAGGGGCUCAAUCCAGAUCGCGAAGGCACCGGCUAUAGGUGAAGUCCCAGGAAACCGUCGCGCUAAAUCUACCCGGUCAUCCGAACCGACGGCCC